AUGUUGGAGGACACACAGCGACCCAGUGAGCAGAAGGGUUCGGUGCAGAGAGUUGGAGAAUUCAUGUUGAGGCAGGCAAAGGAUGCCAAGGGAGGUAAGGACGAAAAAGAGGAAAAACAUGAUAAAACCAAGGGCAAAAAGGACAAGGAAGAGAAACCAGCAGCAAAGAAAGAAAGCAAAGGAAAAGGCGGUGGAGCAAACGUAGGUGGUAGAAGCUCGGGAGAUUCCUUACUAAGUGUGCCUAAUGGUGGCUCGGGUGGUCGAAGGGCUUCAAUAGCGGCAGACUCGAAAAAGAAGGGUGGUAAACCAGCCAAGGGCCAGGGUAAACCAGCUACCCAGGAAACAGAGACGUCUGACAGUCCCGAGUUUAUAAACCCACUUCUACAAGGAGGUGACUUGAUUGAUGGGCAGUUGUGGGUGGCAGGAAACAGGGUGCUCAUUAACCUAAACCUUACCCGUAAUCCAAUUGGGGAGAGUGGCCUUGAAGCUCUUCUAAAGGCCAUGCAAUACCAGGCGACCUUGACAUUGGACAGCCACGGAGGCACUGGACUCAUGAGACUACUUGUUGGUAGAAGCCGCAGAUCAGAGCACUCCUUCAGUCGAAUGACCCUCCAACGUGAACAUGACGUGAUGCAGAAAAUCAACGACCUGAUGACCCCUAAAGACCCAUUCUACAAGCCCCCUCCACAGACCCCGGAUGUUGAAUCUUAAACUCUUCUUUUUUUAAAGUGUAUUUUUAAAACGAGCUUUUAAAGCUUGUUGAACAUAAUGGUACUGGCCAAAAAAUAUUUAAGGUUUAAAAUCUGCUUGUUGAAACUGUUGCCGGCAAAAUCGUUCAAACAGAUCUGUUUUAAUUAUUUAAACAAUUCCUGAUAUUAAUAUCCGUCCAUAAAUGUUUUUUCUUCAUGCUUUAUAGACAAACUUAAGCAAAUUAUUUUAAUUAUGUGCUAGCUGAAUAAUUUCUGAGAAGUAAAGUUAUUUAUGCAGUCUGUGAUAAACUUGUU